AUGAAUUCUCAAGGCCCCAGCGAUGUGUCGCCCGAGGCUAUGCAAUCGCGCAUCCAGCAGGCCCGUCGCGAAGCUGAGACUCUGAAGGACCGGAUCAAGAGGAAGAAGGAUGACCUCGCCGACACAACCCUUCGCGCUGUCGCGCAACAGGCCCACGAGCCUAUCCCCAAGAACCAGCUGAUGAAGGCCAAGCGGACGCUCAAGGGUCAUCUGGCCAAGAUCUAUGCCAUGCACUGGUCUACCGACCGGAGACACCUCGUCUCUGCUUCUCAGGAUGGCAAGCUCAUUAUCUGGGAUGCUUACACCACCAACAAGGUCCAUGCUAUCCCCCUUCGUUCAUCUUGGGUCAUGACCUGCGCCUACGCCCCCAGCGGCAACUUUGUUGCCUGCGGUGGUCUCGACAAUAUCUGCUCUAUCUACAACCUUAACCAGCAACGCGAUGGCCCCACGCGUGUCGCCCGCGAGCUGUCUGGCCACGCCGGCUACCUGUCCUGCUGCCGCUUCAUUAACGACCGCAGCAUCCUCACCUCGUCGGGUGACAUGACUUGUAUGAAGUGGGAUAUUGAGACGGGCCAGAAGGUGACCGAGUUUGCCGACCAUCUCGGCGACGUCAUGAGCAUCAGCCUCAACCCGACCAACCAGAACACCUUCAUUUCCGGUGCUUGCGACGCCUUCGCCAAGCUCUGGGAUAUCCGCGCCGGCAAGGCUGUCCAGACCUUUGCUGGCCACGAGUCCGAUAUCAACGCCAUCCAGUUUUUCCCUGACGGCCACUCGUUUGUGACCGGAUCCGACGAUGCCACUUGCCGUCUCUUUGAUAUUCGCGCUGAUCGUGAACUCAACCUCUACGGGUCUGAGUCUAUUCUCUGUGGCAUCACCUCGGUAGCCACAUCCGUCUCCGGACGAUUGCUCUUUGCUGGAUAUGAUGACUUCGAGUGCAAGGUGUGGGAUAUUACUCGGGGUGAGAAGGUUGGAUCUCUCGUCGGCCACGAGAACCGAGUCAGCUGCUUGGGCGUGAGCAACGAUGGCACAAGCUUGUGCACGGGCUCAUGGGAUUCUCUGCUUAAAAUCUGGGCCUACUAA